UGUGUGGGGAUAUUCUGAAGUGACUGUGUUGCAGGCACAAUGUCUUGGCCGUAAAUAUUAAAACAACAUAGAACAGGAGAAAGCAGACUGCUCAUCGAAGACGCGGCAGAGGAAACUGCUGCUGAACGGCCGCUGCGAGACGUUAAUUGCAUUUGAAAGGAGUAUCGAAUAUUAUUGCAUGCGGCUGUGCUCUAUCGGUAACUGAUCGAGGGAUUUAAGUCUCCCGUAACACAUUGAACGUUGGUUCGUUUUGAAACGCUUCUUGCGGUCGGCAGAGAAAUGCGAAGAUUUCGCUUGUCAUACAUGUUCAUAGUUGUCAUUAUCUCCUGGGUGGAUCGCGGAGAGAGUUCGUUUGAACUGGACUUCAUCACAUGGCCCAACGAGACUCAAGCGGUAGUAAACGAAACGGUGAAAUUUCUGUGGAGGUAUCACGCGAAAGAGACGGAUGUCUUUUUGAAAUGGGGAAUCUCAGAGCGCAUUUCACCCAAAGUGUCCUCGUUUUAUAAAGUGUUUUUUUUCUCGACCAGAGCGAAAAAUGCUAAAUCACACAGACCACCGGUUAUGUCAGAACAAAUUCCAGAACGAUAUAAACGUCGCGUUAGGAUCGUUAAUCAGGCAACUUUGCAGAUCGUCAACGUUACGAUUGAAGAUGAGGGGGACUACCUUUGUGAAAUAAGCGAUUACCCAGCUAAAUGGAAAACAUUAUCAAGAGCCGUCAAAUUGCAUGUACUUGUUCCACCAAAAAUCGUUAGCCAUCCUCCAGACACACGGCUACUCCGCGAAGGUGAAGAAAUAAGAUUGGGUUGCAAAGCUACCGGAAGGCCCAUUCCAGAGGUCAGCUGGUACAAUGGUAGCAUCGAGUUAACGAAAGGUGUCAAGAAAGAUAAAGGCUCAGCCGAAUAUAUAAAUUCCAACGUAUCGAGAUGGGACAAUGGAAAUUACAAAUGUGUCGCGAAAAAUAAUGCUUCUCAAGUCGAGUAUACUGUCCAGGUUAUAGUACGAUACACACCAUUUGGUACGAAAAUCAAAACGGAUGCAAAAAGUGACACGUUGGAAAGGGGCGAAGAUCUCAAGAUUGUUUGUGAAGCAUGUUCUAAACCACCUCCGAUAUUCAAUUUAUACCACUACAGUGAAGUCGGCGUAAAGACAGAGUUUGUAAAGGUUCAAAAUAACACUAAGGGAGAGUUCUACAUCAGAAACAUUAAACCAAGCCAAAGAGGGAAAUAUUCUUGCGUACCGCAUAAUGAUGUGGGGGUUGGUACAGAGGCAAUAGUUCGCGUACGUGUACGAUUUUCUCCAGUGAUAAAGAGAAUUGCAGCUAGGAGGACGAAUUUGACGAAGGGCGAGAAUCUCGUGAUCUGGUGUGACACAGAGGGCUAUCCUAUACCUCGAGUCAAAUGGACAAAUAAAUAUGGAAGAAUCAUUAGUAACGAUCGCACCUUCCGAAAGAAUAACGUUAAUGAAAACGACGACGGACUUUAUACCUGCACAACAAAUAAUGGUAUUUCUCCCAGCGCCAACAAAAGUGUCUAUAUUAACGUCUUCUACAGACCAGUCAUCGACCUCCAAAAGUCAUCAGGUUCGAAACAUGCACUAAAAGGUGAUACAGUUUUUCUCAAAUGCAAUGCUACUGGUAAUCCAACACCGACAUACGAGUGGAGAAAAGGGUCCAGUGUGAUUGCUAGUAAACCUAGCACAUCUCUUGAUGGUUUAAAAAAUGCUGAUUUUGGAAAGUAUACGUGCUUUGUGCGCAAUUUUGUUGGAGUUACAACUCAUGAGGUGAAAGUUUUCAGAAUUGAUAAACCGUCGAUUACUGAAUUAUAUGCUACGGAGCCGAAUUCAAGGUUUGUGCAUAUUCAAUGGAAGAUUCACGGGGACACCCAGUUCCCUAUUAAAGGACAGGAGCUACUGUGUAUCUCGAAAGAAAACAACGCUGUAAUGGUAAAUAAAACGAUGACAGGGCACAGAAGAUCAGAGAAAAUUGAAGAGCUCAAACCCUUCACUACGUACGAGGUUCGCCUAAAAGUCUGGAAUAAAUAUGUUCAGAGUGACCCAAAAGUAGAUACAUUUAAAACGAAGACAGCAACUCCUGGUCCUCCUGGGCAACCGAGGGUUCAAUUUCUUAACACCACGUCAGUCCGGGUUACCUGGGAUCCGCCAAAAGAAACCAAUGGAGAAUUACUCCGAUACACCUUGUUGUACAGAAUCGCAAAUGCUUCCUCGACAGAGAAAUCAAUCAACGUGAGCGGUUCCGAAACCUCGAGGGAAGUCAACUUAAAACGUAAAGAGCGGUACAUGUUCAAAGUGAAAGCAGCUACAAGUUCUGGCCCUGGGAAGUUUAGUAGAGAAAAAUACUACUUAAUGGUCUACCAAGCACCACCAAUCCCGGAACCUCAAAAUGUAACGAACCCGUCAGCGAACGUCUAUCGACUGAUAUGGAACAAACCAGAUUUAGCUGGAAGUUUAGUAAAGGUUCUUUUGACGUUAACGUGGAGAAUAAAACAUCUAGGAAAGAUUGAUAAAGACAAGAGAGAAAUUUUUGUGGGGGGAAAUGACAGAUCGAGAACAAGAAGGGAUAUUAAAUUUGACUGGAAGGCUGAAAUUAAGGAGUAUGGAGCGAAACGAGUAUUGGAUCUAAAGGAUCUUUUUCCUAACACUAUCUACAUGGUUACCAUAAAAGAAGGAUCGAAAGUUAAUAAAGGAAUGGUGUUGUGGAGCAAAGAAAUCACAAAGAAGAUUAUAACACCUGAAGGAGUACCGAGUCAACCCAGAGAUUUGACUGUUGAUAUGCUGAACGACUCCAGUUUUAUGCUUUCCUGGAAACGUCCAUUUUAUAUCGGAGGAAAGCUUACCAAAUACGUUGUGUCCUAUGAAACUGGUGGUAAAAAAGAGGAAAAAGAACUAAAAAGUGGUCUAAAAAACGAGACUGUUACCAUGAUUGUCGAAACACUGUCUAAGAAAAAGAAGUACGAUGUCCAGCUAGAGGUACAAGCCAAUGGCGAUAAACCUGGAUUGAAGAGCAACAUUUUGGAAUUCAAGAAAGGAAGCGGUAUCCUGAUCAUGAACAUCGACAGCACGACAGAAGGCAGUUUUACCAUCUCUUGGAAUAAACCUUCCGUUCCUUCCAUUACCAUAGAUGAUUAUAAAAUUUAUUAUCGCACUUCGAAUGAAAAUUGGAAGUUCAUGCAUAUAAGGUCUGGCUUAAAUAACGAAACUUUGUCAGCAAGAGUCAAUGGACUGCCAUCUGGUAAAUUAUACAAAGUGAAGGUACAAGCGCGAUCAAAACACCAAGUGUUCUUAAGUGAAAUGAAGGAAAUAUCGUCAGCUAUUGUCCAAGCAAGGGAGAGCGACGAGACUGAUUAUGUUCCAAUGUUCGGUGGAAUUAUUGCUGGAGUGUUGAUAUUUGCUUUCGUAAUCAUAAUUCUGGCGAUGUUUGUGAGAUACAAUUACAGGAAACGGCAACGAAAUCAGCGACGCUCUGGCCAAGGUACGCGUGGUGCUCCUAACGUGCUCAUCACGAGAGAAAACGGUCACACGCACAUGUCAUCACCGUCGGAUCACCUGAGCAGCGACUCGCCUGGUAGCGAGAAAUAUCUCAGGCCAGAGAAGAAAGGAAACUCCGUUCAAGUGCCGCUGAAAGUACUUUCCGGAUCAACUAAACCGAUUCCCGUGUUGAAUCUGUUGGAAUAUUGCACGGACCAUCGGAAAAAUGGAAACAAAGGUUUUGCUGAAGAAUUUAAGUCAAUUGAUACGGAAAUAUACUACUCCUAUGAAGAAUGUAAGAAGCCUGUAAACAAGUCGAAGAACCGCUAUGCAAAUAUUGUUACAUAUGACCAUACACGUGUCUGCCUAUCCAAUUUAGGGGAUAAUGGAUCCGACUAUAUCAAUGCUAAUUACAUCGACGGAUAUAAUUGUCCUGAAAAGUUCAUUGCAACUCAAGGACCAGCUGCAUCGACAUUUAAUGAUUUUUGGAGAAUGGUUUGGGAGCAAAAUUGCUCUGCAAUUGUUAUGGUUACCAAUCUUGUAGAAAAGGGGAAGGUUAAGUGUCAAAAAUACUGGCCUGUGACCGAAGCUGAACUCUUUGGAUCACUGACUGUAAAUCCGAUUGAAGAAUGGGAACUUACGGAUUAUACUAUUAGAAAGUUCCAGUUGCAGCAAAACAAUAACACAGAACUUACACGAGACGUAACACAGUUUCACUAUACCGCCUGGCCAGACCACGGAGUUCCUGUUCAUCCAUCUCGACUGCUGGCAUUCAUCAAACGCGUUAAAAAUUACUUCCACGUCACUACAGGAAAAAUUGUCGUUCACUGCAGUGCGGGCGUUGGAAGAACCGGCACGUUUAUCGCAUUAGAUGGGUUGCUCGACCAGAUGAGAGAUGAAGGAGUGGUGGAUAUUUACAAAUUCGUUUCUCACAUGCGCACACAAAGGAGUACAAUGGUUCAAACUGAGGCACAGUACAGCUUUAUUUACGAGGCAAUUCUCGAGGCAUCAGUUUGCAGUGACACAGAAAUCUCAGUUCCAGAAUUCAUGGAAAGGUUACGCGCGCUUGAGCAAGAUGAUGAUGUAUUUUCUAGAGAAUUCGAAAAUUUAGCUGCUAUAUCAGUGGUUGAAAAAGAAACAUGUGUCAAUGGUCUCAUGCCGGAAAAUCAGAAGAAGAAUCGACAUAAUUCAAUUCUGCCGUAUGAUAGUACUAGAAUCAAGCUUUGGCCUUAUCCAAAUGAAAAAGGAUCUGAUUAUAUAAAUGCAUCGUUUAUAGACGGAUAUCGAAAUAGAGAAAUAUUUAUUGCUACGCAGGCUCCCAUUAAAGAGUCAAUAGAGGAUUUCUGGCGUAUGAUUUGGGAAUACGAAUGUUAUGUUUUAGUAAUGUUAGUAAAUGUAGAAGAGAAUGAGGAGUUUCAGUUUUUACAAUACUGGCCGUCUGAAGGCGAAGAAUACAUCAUUUUUGGAUUAUUGAUGAUAGAAAUAGAGUCGGAAGAAGAAUUUGAUUCCCAUGUUCAGAGAGUUUUAAAAUGCACAAAUACUAAGAAUGGAGAAGUGCGUAAAUUAUAUCAUCUAAAUUUUGUUCAAUGGUCCGAUCAUGGUGUACCUGCCAGUGUUUCUCACUUGUUAAACUUUUUGAAAGAAGUGGUGAAAUUAGAGCAACGGACAGGAAAUGGCCUAACAUUGGUUCAUUGCAGCGACGGUAGUGGCAGGGUCGGAACAUUCAUAACGAUAUACAUCGCGCUGGAGAGAAUGAAGUUGGAGAGCAUUGUUGACGUAUUCAGCGUUGUACGCAACCUUAGAACGCAAAGAAUAGGAAUGGUAGCAAACAUCAAACAGUACAAAUUCUGCUAUCAUGCUUUAGGUGAACACAUUAGGUCACCUAAUUGCCAGCCCUACUGAUGCCUAUGCUGUGAGUCAUUGGCGAAGACGACUGUAAUGGUGCUAAUGGCGCAGGUCAGCAAUCGAUUAAAGACCAAAUUCUUCAUAACAAAGGCUUUCCCGAGAAUUUUGUUGUUUUCCAGGACAACAGUAAUUUUCGCGGGGCCUUCUCCCAUUUCUGUUGUGCCUUUAUCAUUAUUGGCCAAACUGCCCCUUUGUCAACCAUACCUCUAGAGUGUCAAAUUCCAACAGACAAAGACCACAAAUCGUUUUACAUGCAAAUAAAGUUCAUUGCAUAGCAACUUUGAGUCCCCAUGGAUGUUAGAACUGCAAGAUGAUUAAUUAACAAAUAUGUUUCACAAUCAUACAUUGUUCAGUAAAUGUGUGGAAAAAAGUGCCAUCGGAACAUGGGUGAAUGCUUGUUGAAGCAGCCAAUAUAGCAUAAAAAAUUAGCGGAAAUGCUUUGGAUACCAAGGCUUUCAACAUGCAGAUCGACCAGAGAAUUGUAUAUAAUAUAUAUUAUACGAUGCAGUACAUUAUUGUGAAUAUUUUAUGAC